GCCAUUUUAGUGUUGGGAGCGAAGGUCUCAUUUCCUCUCAUCUGUUUCUUGCAGAAGUCGAAAGGACGGAAAAUCAGUCAACGUUAAGAAAAACCCUAACCCCCACCCGGGAAUUCUCCAGAAAAUGCAGCAUAAUCAGGCGAACUCCUCCGUGGAUUCCGACCUCCCGCGUCUCGCCAAUAUCAAAGUCCGGUCGUCGUCUCCGCGAUUUCCGCCGCCGACAACUCCUUCUUCUACCGAAACGCCGACCGCCGGAGCUCAGCGAAGGAUUGGCAUCGCCGUGGACCUCAGCGAUGAGUCCGCCUUUGCCGUCAAGUGGGCGGUGCACCAGUACCUCCGCCCUGGCGACGCCGUGAUUCUCGUCCACGUCCGCCCCACCUCGGUGCUCUACGGCGCCGACUGGGGAUCGGUUGACCUCUCCAUCGUCGACACUGACAACGAGGAGUCGCAGCAGAAGCUGGAGGACGAUUUCGACACUUUCACCAUCACUAAGGCCUCCGAUCUGGCUCAGCCGCUGGUGGACGCGCAGAUUCCGUUCAAAAUCCACAUCGUAAAGGACCACGAUAUGAAGGAGAGGCUCUGCCUCGAAGUCGAGAGGUUAGGACUCAACGCCGUCAUCAUGGGGAGCCGUGGAUUUGGAGCUACUAGGAAAGGAAACAACGGCAGGCUUGGAAGCGUCAGUGAUUACUGUGUUAGGCAUUGCGUUUGCCCUGUUGUUGUUGUCAGGUAUCCUGACGAGAAGGAUGCUGGAAAUGCUAACGCUGAACCUGUGAUCUCUGUUGCAUCCGUGGCAGAGGAGGAAGACGAACCAGAGUACCACGAUGCACAUGAUGAUCGCAAAGAUUCGUGAUUGUAAUUUGGAGCUCUGCUCAUUACAUCCUGUCUUGGCUGAGGCGCCAAGUGUAGAAGGACACGAGUCUACAAACUAUAACCCCGUUUUAUGAUGCGUAGUCGCUAAUGAGUCUUGCAAUGUAUGAAUGUCAUCCUAUGUAAAUGAAACCUGGAAACUCUUCUGUUGAGUCUUGUAUUCACAGUUUACCUGUGUGAACUGUGAUAAAUGUAUCGUUUGGUAUUUUCGGAUCAGCAUCAUUAUGAUGCUGCAACUUCCAAAUUUCUGAAUGUGAAUUCCAUAUUUUUAUA